AUGGAGAAGUAUCGAGGGGAUCAGAUGCAAGAGGGAAACACCUUCGUCUCUUUUCUUAAACAUACACCCACAGCUACAGCAUGGGAGCAACAGAUCUCCCCGUUGUGUGGGCUUGGGUGGAGGAUGAUUAUAUACGCCGGACCUGGAGGGAGUCCGUUGCAGAUUCGAUUCGAUCCGAGUGGUCUCGCGGGCGCGUCGCUCAAUCCAUUCACCUUCGAAGUCGAAGUCGUGUUCAAGGCCAAGGAUUCAGGCAAAAAUCUGAAAAAGAAGAUUCUCAGCGGGUCUAUGAGGCUCCCCAGAGGCGCCGAAGGCUACAACGUGCAGCACUCCGCUCACAGCAGAGGGUAUAACAGCUAUGGCUAUCACAGCUCAUACGAAUUUUCCGACAGCAGUCAGCACGUUGGGACUGUAGUACACCCCGCGCCGGGGGCCGCCUAUGAAACGUUCAUCCGGUUGAAAGUCACCAUCAGCACCAUCAAGAUUGACCAUGAUGUGCACCAGUCAGUCAAGCUGAAGAAGGCCCUGGGUUCAUUGCUCGUAGGAGAGCAAUUCACGGACACCAAGUUCUAUCUCCUUUCACGGAUUCCCGGUCGCUCGGCUCAAUCCACGGCUGUUCGUCCCCUGUUUGCAAAUGCGGAACUACUACGGGGAUAUUCCGCCGUCCUAGAUGAGAUGCUCUUCGGAGCCCAUGGGUUCAGGGAAUCCGACAUUGUCGACCUCGACGACGACUGCGGGGAUGCCAUCAGCCUAAAGCUAGCGGAGUACGAUUACCCGGAUGACAGUGACCUCGAGGGAGAUGAAGAGGAAGGGCCUGAGAUGGUCGAGGUUUCGCAGGAGAUUAAGGAAGAAUCUAGCUUGGAAAACUCUUCGGUCCUUCCCUUCGCAUUUCACGAUUUCCCCAGCUCACUCGAGCUCACCCAGGCCAGCCCCAGGCCAGCCAAGUCAACUACUGCCUUGAAGCUCGGUCCGAAGCGGUAUGGGCGCAUACUCCCUGUUAAUGGACAUGCGUACAGAACGUGGAAGUCGUUCUUGCUUUAUCUUAUAACAGGAGAAAUAAACUUAUUGCCCCUGUCGUCCACUUCGAAGAGGGAACAGGUGCAGAAGGACUUUGAUGCCCGAGGAACGAUUGCUUGCUCCCCGAAGUCGAUGUAUCACCUUGCCCAAAAGUUUGGGGUGCGCACCUUGAGUGAACGGGCUUUAGAGGAGAUCAUGAAGAACAUCACCGAGACGAAUGUAGUUGAAGAGGCCUUCGGGAGGUUUCCGUGUCUGUAA